AUGGUAUUCGCCUCUUCCCUAGCUAUCUCGGAGUCAAAGAAGAAGCUGGCUCUGGCAGUUAUAGAUUAUCUCGCCACAAGUGCCAAAGAUGGAACUCUCUCGUCCGAGGAUGCUGAGUCCAUGGAGAUUGCGCAGUCUUGCAUUGCUGAUGCAUUCAACGUUGACCCCUCAGACAAGGCCGCGAUGCAAGAUGCUUUAGGAGGGCAGUCCUUGUUGAGCAUUUACACAGUAUAUGAGAAACUAAAGGGCAGGGGUGCUCCGGCCGUACCUGGGAAGAGCACUGAAGGUGAAUCAAAGCCGGCUGCUUCACCAAAGCCGGCGGACAAACCCAUCCCCGGUGGUCCAACCGAGGAAUCAGAUAAAUUAAAGUCCGAAGGAAACGCAGCCAUGGGCCGUAAAGACUAUACUGCAGCCAUCUCUCACUACACCAAAGCUUUGGAAAUCGCUCCUGCAAAUCCAAUUUAUCUCUCGAACCGCGCUGCCGCCUUUUCAGCUUCCGGAAAUCACACCAAGGCUGUAGAAGACGCCGAGGUCGCCGUAGCCGCUGAUCCAAAAUAUGUCAAGGCCUGGAGCAGAUUAGGUCUUGCAAGAUUUGCGCUUGGGGAUGCCAAGGGCGCUGCUGAAGCCUACCAGAAUGGCAUUGAAGCCGAGGGUAAUGGUGGGAGUGAAGCCAUGAGAAAGGGCUUGGAGACAGCGAAGAAACGCAUUGAAGAAAUGGAGCAAAAAGGCAACGAACCACCCGCGGAAGAAGUCGACGAUGCGUCUGGCGCUACACGAGGAGCCGGUGGCAUGCCGGACCUGUCGUCCCUUGCCGGCAUGCUGGGAGGCGGUGGCAGAGGAGGUGGUGGCAUGCCUGACCUUAGCUCUAUAAUGAGCAACCCUAUGUUCGCGAACAUGGCCCAAAACAUUAUGAGCAGUCCUGAUAUGUUAAACAACCUCAUGAGCAACCCACGACUAAGACAGAUGGCUGAGAAUUUUGGCGGUGGCCAGGGUGGGCUUCCGGAUAUGUCGAGUUUGAUGAACGAUCCAAACCUCGCUGAAAUGGCCCGUAACUUAAUGGGGGGUGGAAGAGGCGCUGGACGAGGGCAGGAAUGA